GGAACAACACUGGGAAUGGGAGCAGUGAGGGUGGGGGUGACGCGGGACACCGGGUUUGGGGACACCGGGACGCGCACCCUGAGGGUGGCGGACGGAGGGAAGAGGCCCAGGGCUGUGGUGGCCCUGGGGACGGGCCACAGCUGUGGGGUCACCGGCACUGCUCCCGGGGUGUUCCCGUGCCAGCCCUGGGGCCCGGCGUGUGCCCUGCCCGCCGUGCCAGCCCUGUCCCCCGUGCAGGUCCUUCCCCGCGCCCUCCGUGUCCCCAGCGCCCGGCAGCUCCACAGCAGCCCCGUGUGCCUCAAGGCGCGGGCGGCGCGGGUGCGCGCGGGCAAGGGUGACAAGAUGGUGACGUACGAGCAGGCGCACGCCCCGCAGCACAUCGGGCACCGCAAGGGCUGGCUGUCCCUGCACACCGGUAACCUGCAUGGCGAGGCGGGCGCGGCGCCCCGUGCCCUCGAGGACGCGUUCCUGCGCCGCUUCCUGGCCGGGACGUUCCCGGGGCUGCUGGCGGACGAGGCGGUGCUGAAGCGGCGCGGGAACCUGCUGGUGAUCUGUGCCCUGCUGGCGCGGGCACUGCCGCCCCACAAGCUCUACUUCCUGCUGGGCUACGCCGAGACCCUGCUGGGCCACUUCUACAAGUGCCCCGUGCGCCUGGAGCUGCAGACCGUGCCCGCCCGCGUGCCCUACAAGUUCAUCUAGGGUGACCCUGUGUUCCUAAAAACCAUAAUGUUCCUAAAAAACAUAAAUGUUCUUAAAGGAAUGCUCUGGGAUGUGCCCUACAAGUUCAUCUAGGGUGACCCUGUGUUCCUAAAAACCAUAAUGUUCCUAAAAAACAUAAAUGUUCUUAAAGGAAUGCUCUGGGAUGUGCCCUACAAGUUCAUCUAGGGUGACCCUGUGUUCCUAAAAACCAUAAUGUUCCUAAAAACCAUCAGCGUUCCUAAAAACCAUCAGUGUUCCUAAAGGAGUGCUCUGGGAUGUGCCCUACAAGUUCAUCUAGGGUGAACCUGCAGUCGGCCCCAAAAAACGUAAAUGUUCCUAAAAACCCCAUAAAGGUUCCUAAAGGACUGCCUUGGGAUGUGCCCUACAAGUUCAUCUGGGAAUAAACCCAUAAAUGUUCCUAAAGGA